AACACGGCAAAGAUCAAAUUGAACCGAGCGCACGCUCUCCUCACCUCACCUCACCAAGGGAGAGAGGCCGGAGACGAGGCGGCCCAAGCGAAGAGGAGGAAGGCUGCCGCCAACCGAGAGUAAAGAAAGCGCGCACACAGCUAGUCGGCGGCAAUGGGCAACGCACUCGGCGGCCGGCGGAAGGGCGCCAAGGUGAUGCAGCUGGACGGCACAGCGUUCAGGGUGAAGCCGCCGGCGUUCGCAGGCACGGUGCUCAACGAGCACCCGGGGUUCCAGCUUCUCGAGUCCGAGCAAGUGAAGCUUCUGGGCGUCCGCGCGCGCCCUCUGGAGCCCGACGCGCCGCUCCGGCCCGGGCGGCUCUACUUCCUCGUGGCGCUGCCACGGCCCACGGCGCCCCCGCGGCGCGCGUGGUCCGGCGCGCUCCACGUGGGCGCGCGCGAGCGGCUCGAGUCGCUCAUGCUCACGCGCCGCUCCACCUCCGACCUCACCUUCCCCACCACGGCGCCGGCCUCGCCGCUCUCCACGGCCUCCGAGGGCGGCCCCGUGCAGCUCCGGAUGCGGCUGCCCAAGGCGCAGGUGGCCAAGCUCAUGGGCGAGAGCCGGGACGCGGCCGAGGCGGCCGCCAAGAUCAUGCAGCUCUGCGCCGCCAACGGCGCCCUGGCGACGCCCGAGAGGCGCACCCCGGAGCGGAGCCCGCGGUUCGUGCCCACGCCGGACUGGGGCACGGCAGCUGGUAGCGGGGAGCUCGCACAGACGCCCGAGAUGAGCCCAAGGUUCGUGCCCACGCCGGACUGGGGCACGGGCGCCGGCAGGUUCGCGCGGACGCCCGAGCGGAGCCCCAGGUUCGCUGUGACGCCCGAGUGGGGCUCCAGGUUCAUGAUGCCGACACCGGAGAGCGGUGGCGCCAAGACGCCGGAUAGGUGGACGGCGCUCUCCCGCACACCGGAGUACUAUGCAUCGCCGGAUGCCAAGGCCUCCCGGAAGGAGAAGCGAACGCGGUUCGUGGCCUUGCCAGAUGAGGUAAUAGCUUGACAUUUCGUCUGCUGAGACAAGGAUCAAUCAAUAGUCUGCGAUAGCGGAAGCAUGUUGGCGCCCUUCAGAUCAGAGCACGUGGACGUGCUUUCAAGAGAUCGGUCGACCGCCGAUUGCUGGCUGGAGAUGAGAUCGAAGCCGCCGAGGGUUUCCGGCCUCUCUUCUUUCGUACGGCAUGGAGCGUGUCAUUUUCCUCUGUUUAUUUAUCUUCCUCGCUAGGUAGAGCCUAUAUAUGAUAGUAUCUGUAAUCGUAGUGCUCUCUCGUCCUCUGUUUCUGUAGUUCGCUGAAGCUUACAGCCUAGAGGAGAUGUAUAUGGAGCUCUACGUAUCAAAAGUAUAUAGUACUUCUGUGCAUAACGUUGGAGAUGGGACCCUGCGUGCCAACGUGGAUGGUUCAUCUCCAACCUUGUUGCACUCGGUUCUUGAAUGUCGAGUGCCAUCCAGUUAUGAUUUUUUGUAAAUAUUUUGUCAAAGACAAAUAAUGGAUCGUGUGGGGUUAGAUUUCGUGGAAUAAAACUGCUAACUCAGCCCAA